CUAACGUCUGAUUCCCCAACCGCUCUCCAGCGCUGUGGGACUACGUCACCCCUCCAUCCCAGCAAACUUUCCAGCCACGAAUGCGCCCAACCAAGUUGGGGCUAGAAUUUUCUCCUAUUUGGAUUUCCAAUCCUUGCCGACAUACCUGAAAGAUCGAGCUCAUCUUUUCUGGCUUUGGCUCCUUUGCACGACGAAAAACAUGGGUGUUAUUGACUUUCAUCGCAACUGGCGGGUGCCCUGCCUCAACCAAGCUCAGGCCUUGGCAGGGCGGGGGGAAUAGAAAGCGGGGCCCCGCGCCGUCCCAUUCAGGUGUCUCCAUCGUUCCUUGAAACCCACAAAGCCGUCGCAAGCCGGCCCCAACAGUAGUCUCGCCCCGUUCCUACACCUCUUUCUUCUACGACCUCUGCUUCUCGCCUUUGGGAUGCAGAACCUGUCUAUGCGAGCGUCAAGGCAAGACCCUAUUCCAGACUUAAAAUGAAAGGCCCGGCAAUUCGGCCAAACGCCCAAUUGCUAUGCUCGAGUCCGCGUGUAAGAGCCCAGGUGCGCCAUUCCCAUCGACUACCCCGGGCUGCUACCGCGAUCGUGCCGGCCUCGCCCUUAAACCGACGGUACUCGACACAUCCUCCCCAGGCGAAGCUGAACCUACCGACCGACUAUGCAAAGACGCCCCUGUUGGCGCACACAUCACAGGCCGCUCUGAGCAGCCCUGAGCUUCCCCCCCACGUUCGCAAUGGCACCACGAAGCGAAUGAACCUUUUCCAGGCCGUCAACGACGCCCUGUCGUUGGCCCUAGCCGAAGACGAGUCAGUCAUGAUAUUCGGCGAGGAUAUCGCCUUCGGAGGCGUCUUCCGCUGUACCAGCAAACUGGCCGAGACAUAUGGAGGCGACCGCGUCUUCAACACCCCCUUAACCGAACAAGGCAUCGUGGGAUUUGCCAUCGGUGUUGCCGCCGAAGGGAUGCGGCCUGUCGCCGAAAUCCAGUUCGCCGACUACGUAUAUCCCGCCUUUGACCAGUUGGUGAAUGAGGCCGCCAAGUUCCGCUACCGUGAUGGCGCCUGUGGGCGUAGCGUUGGCGGCUUGACAGUGAGAAUGCCGUGUGGUGGUGUCGGCCACGGUGGGUUAUACCAUUCGCAGUCCCCCGAGAGCCUGUUCACACACAUUCCGGGGCUUCGAGUGAUAAUGCCCAGGUCGCCCCUCCAGGCAAAGGGGCUACUGCUGGCGGCAAUUCAGAGCAACGACCCCUGCAUCUUCAUGGAGCCCAAGAUCCUGUAUCGCGCGGCGGUCGAGCAGGUCCCGACUGCGUCUUACACGCUCCCCCUGUCCAAGGCCGAAGUUCUCAAGGAAGGAACCGAUGUCACAAUCAUAUCCUAUGGCCAGCCCCUGUACAAGUGCAUGGCAGCCAUCAGUCAUGCCGAAAAGGUCAUGGGCGUCUCAGUCGAGCUCAUAGACCUCCGAACCAUCUACCCAUGGGACAAGGAAUGUGUGCUCAAGAGCGUCCGCAAGACUGGGCGGUGCAUUGUCGUCCACGAAUCCAUGGUCAAUGCUGGCGUUGGCGCUGAGGUUGCCGCCGCGAUUCAAGAGGAUACUGAGACCUUCCUUCGAUUGGAAGCGCCUGUAGCUCGCGUCGCGGGAUGGAGCAUCCACAUGCCUCUCCUGUUCGAGGCUUUCAAUACUCCUGAUGUAGCGAAUAUCAAGGCUCUUACGAUUUCGACCCCGAGCCUUCUAAGCGAGCUGGGCCCGGCCUUUCAGAAGUACAACGAGGAGCAGUUCGCAACGGUCAAACUGCCUGGGGGUAGCCAGCCGGUCAUUGUCAGCUCCCACAGCUCGCUGGGCGGCGAACGCUACUUCGACGUCGAGAGCUCUUCGAGCUUUGCAUUCGACCAUGCUACGCAGAAAGCCAGCUCGGUUCAGAGCUAUGUGCUAGAAGGCGCGCAGGCAGACUUGGUGAAAUCAACGCUUAAGGGCCUGUCCACCUAUGUCAAAGAGCACUUUCAAAAUGCCACCUACGGCGUCUACCCGAUAGAGAACGACUCCAAGAUCGCGAUUAUCAUAGUUGCGAACAAGUACAGCCCAAACAACUUCUGGAACGGACGGUGGCGGUCACUAUACAUCUUUAACCCUGCGUCUGGUGCUCUUGAGGGCUCCAUCAAGGUCGACGUGCACUACUACGAGGACGGCAACGUUCGCUUACUCACAAACAAGCCUGUGAAUUCGUCUGUGUCGUCCGGGUCUGGCGCUAGUAUUGCGAAGGAGAUCUCGGGGAGUGAAAAGAAGUACCAGGAAGAGCUCAAUCGUAGCUUUACAAGUCUCAGUGAAGGGGCUUUCAAGGGGCUUAGAAGACAAUUGCCAGUGACGAGACAGAAAAUCGAGUGGGACAAAGUCUCUAGCUACCGGCUGGGGCAAGAUAUCGGUGGCGGAGCUUCGAGGAGAUAGUCAGGCGGGAAAAGUCGAGUCAGUUGGGAAUCAUAGUGGCCAAUGAGGUGGAUUCGUGAUACCGAAAUGAGAUUUUGAAAGGCAGAAACGACCCAAAAACAAACGCAAAUACAAGCAACGGGAGAAUGGAUUCCAACAAGUGCCUUUGAUCUGUGAGCGUACUUUAGUUACUAGUACUACAUAUUGGAACAGGAAAUGCUGGCAUGAAGCACCUCUCGGCACUCGCACUCCGAAACGGGAAAUGAGACGCCGAAUCGAUGGCCGUCGGACAACGGGUUAUGGAGGUGGCAUGGCGGGGAAUAAAGCUAGCCCCGGAGUCAAAGUGUGCCUCAGGUUGCCGCCGCACCGGGACAGGAGACGGAUAUCGGUACCCAGCCAAAUCUGCUAGCUAGGUGACCGCUGUAUUGAAUACCCAUCUGGGUGGCAGACAACUGACAGUGGG